AAGCCCGCGGCCGUCUGCGGCUUCAGGCGCUGCGCCCAGGCAGGGGGCCGCAGCGCGCACGGCCCGCGGCCGCCGUGGCCGGCGAUGUCGGACUUCGCCGUGGACUUCACGAAGAGCUAUGCGCGCAGGAGGCCUGAUGAACCGCGGUCUCAUUAUCGGACAUUCUUCCCGGCUGAAGUUCAUUCACGCGCUGAUAAAGGGCGAGGGAAGCAGCAUCAACGACGAGCGUAUCGAAGUUCUGUCUCAUUGCUACAGCAACGUGAAGUAUCUCUCGAACGUCUACGGCGAUGAGAUCAUGAACAUGCUUCGGAAGUAUGACCCCGAGAUUCCAGCCUGAGAGCUCAGGAAUGGAUUGUGCUGCGCACCGUGAUCGCGAUGGCCGCUGUACAGUAGCAGACGCGCGAGCAGUUGUUGCAGAUGCGCUGACUGGUGGCCUGUGGCUUUGAUCGUUGCUCAGAAAAUGCGAGAAGAGAUGAUGCAUCUGAAGUGGUCUUAGUAGUGUGCCUCUCGAACGUGCUAAUGCCUCUCCUUGUACUGUAGGUGAACCUGGGGCGAUUACACCAACCUUGGUGCAAGGCAUCGUUACGACGGCUAUUCGAGCCGACGCGUAAUACACGUCACGCGCAGUAUGCGUUGUCACACGGUUGCGUUGAGGCGUGAUGAUCUUCUCGUUUGAUGUUGCAGUGAACGUAUUGUUCGUAUGUAGCUCUACCAGCGGAUGUGAUUUGGAACGGCAGUACAUGAUCACGCACUCCUUAAAUCAGUGCUACAUUGUUCCGGAAGUUUUCUGGAUGACUCCAGCAACGCCGCGUGUCUGACAGACUCGGAUCCGCGCGGAGCAUAUUCAACGUAGGUCCGAUCCCUGAUACGUUGCCGCGGAUGAGAGGGGGAGAGCGGCUACCAGUCUUUUGUUUCUGGUCUCACGGGCUGCAGGCGGCCAUCCAGACACAGCCUGGCAGCGCGCCCACUGGGGAAGGCAGAGGGGCCAGGCCAUCUCAGAAGGCGGCGGGGUUUCUCAGAAGCCCUCCGGCCUUCUGAGAAGCCCUCUCGGGCCUCAGAGGAGACUUGCUCGCGCGUCGGCCCGCGGCGGGCGCUUCGUGGAGUACCCUCGCGCUGGCGCCGCCGCGGAGUCGCGGCCUGCUCCCGACAGGGGGGGCAGGCCGCGACGCGCCACCAUUUAGGUUUGCCUGGCGCGGGGAGAGCGGCGUGCGAAAAAUCGCGCGCCGCAGCGUUCAGGAGGGAGAACUAGAAGAAGCCCUUCAGAAGGCCCGAGGCCUUUCUGAACCUUCUGAGAAAAGAACCGCUCCCUUUGUCCUCUCCCCUCGGUGCGCCGCCGACAAACGCACCGCGAUAAACGCGGGGCAUGCAGGCGGGCCGCGCCUCCCUGCCGCUGGCCUUGCAGGUCCCACCAGGGCCUCCCUGGGGGUCUGCGGGCGGCCGUCGGGGCCCCCUUGGGGCCGAG